AUGACGCUCACGAAGUAUUCACUUUCUUUUCUGCUUGUUGGAUUGAGGCUCAGCUGUCCAGUUGUCGCCCAACAACAACAAGGCCAAAAUGUUCAGUUCAAUCAGGUCAUCAACCUGAAUGGAGAUAUGCAACUCAACAGACUCGUGUUCCCCGAUAACUCCAAGAUCGAGACUUUCUCUCAGACGCAACGUCAGGUCAUUGUCAACCAGAACCCCAACCCCCUUCCAGCAAGCCAUGUCGUAGGCUCCACAGGACAGCCCUUCGUUCAACUCUCGCGCAACUCGUUCUCCAUCCAGACAAAUGGAGCCACCGACUUGGUGGGCGCUCAGAUCGAGCUGCCCAUCGACCAGAACAUGCUCCAACAGGCUGGCGUAACAGCUGAUAACACCUACGUCGCAAUGCUCUCUCGGGAUCGUCAGGCUUGGAUCAUCAUGGAGGGUAUCAAGAGCGUCAACAUCACCGACGCGACUGUUCGCAUGGUCAAGCUUAACCAGAUCGACGGCGAGUACGUCGCUGUCGGCCGCCAGACUUCUGAACUUGGAACUUCCUUGACCCCCUUCGGCCAGCCCAUCAGCAUCGCUGGAUCUGGCAUCCAAGAGGCUGAAUUCACGGACGGAUUCCGCAUGUCCAUCCGUGCAAGCCAGCCGAUGAGCAUCAAGACGGACGUUGUCAACGGCAUUAGCAAUGACAUGGUUACCAACGGCAUCAUGUCCAUCAACAACUACCGCUACCUUGUUACAAGCAACUUGGCGGGUGUUGUCCCCAGCCUCAACUCCAUGACGGCCGUCGUUCAGAUGCCGCUCAAUGUCGACCGACUCAUGGCCAUGGCCAUGCGCGCGGGCGCUCAGCCCCAGUCAUCCAUCACUCUCGGCAUCGCCCAACGUCCCGUUCUCCAGAACCCUGGUGGUGCUACUGGUGGGCUUCAGAACUCGCUUCAGAAGCGCCAGGACGUUAACAACGGCACUGCCAACAACGGUGGCAACCCCAAUAACAACAACGGCAACAACAACAACAAUGGAAAUAAUGGCAAUGGCAAUACCAACAAUGGCAACAACGGUAACAACCCCAACAACGGACAGAACAACAACAACCCCAACAACAUUGGGCCUGCGAUCCCCGCAGCCACUCAGCUUCUGCUCGCCCAGACCUUUACGCCCAUCAACGCCCAGGUUCUCCUUGACAGAGAGAACGCGCGUAUUGCCGUUCCAGUCAACCAGAUUGAUGGUGAAUUCAUUCUCACCAUGAUGGUCGGCGGCACUCCAGUUGGCACACAGCCUCAGCCCGCUCCCCAGCCCGCUACUCCUCAGCAAGGCGGUGGCAUCACUGGCCAAGGCAGUCUCUCAAGUGGCUCAAGCGGCUCCAUUUCAGGCCAGCCUCAGACUGCUCAACCUCAGCUGGCGCAGCCCCAAGCCCAACCUGGGGGCGGCAUUGCGACUGAGCCUCAACAGCAGCCCCAACUCGCUUCUCCUGCUGCCCCCCCUGCCCCUAACUCGCAGCCCCAGCAGCCCGGAUCGGCUGGAUCUGUCGAGCCCGCUGUCCCCGCCGCCCAGCUGCUGCAGCCCCCAUCUCAGGCUCAGCCCCCGGCUCAGGCUCAACCGGGUUCCCAGGGACCUCCCACCGGAGGCGCUAUUACCGGUAACCAGCCCGGCCCCGGCCACGGCAGCUUUACCAGACCCGGAGCGCCUGCCCGAAGACAAGAGGUACCGCCGACUGGCGCGAAGGGCUUUGAGAUGAAGAUGUCGGAUCUUAUGGCGAUGGCCGAAGCGAAGAAGACGGGCGGCGUGAUGGCCACAUGGGAGAUGAUGUCCAACUUUGUCGCCGAGCAGAAGUCUGUAGAGCAGCAAAAGUCGGCGACCAUGAGGCGGCGAUCGUUCCCCGUGAGACGACGUCUCGGUGCGCAACUCUAA